AUGCGGCUAACACUUACAACACUACUCUGCGCUGUUGGCGUUGCUGUCGCUGAGGACGGCUCAAAAGGCUGGCUUCGCUACGCGCCAAUACCAGACGGGCCAGCAGCGCAGUCAGUACCCUCCACGAUCAUCGCACUGAACAGCACGAGAGUGAGCCCCGUAUUCACUGCUGGUCAAGAGCUUCAAAAAGGUGUUGAUGGCAUUACUGGAAAGAAACUCAAUGUGAGUGCGGUCGCAGACCAGAGUCACUCUGCCAUCAUUGUCGGAACCAAAGACGCGUACACGGCGGCAUUCGGUAACAUUGAUGAAUGCGAGAAUCUGGACGCCGAUGGCUUUUUCCUCAGCACGACUACUCCAGGCAAAGUCAUCAUUGUAGGACAGAAUGAACGCGGCGCUCUCUACGGCGCAUUCGAAUAUCUUUCUCAGCUGGCGCAAAACAAUGUCACGUCCGGCUCCACAGUAUUCAACCCACAGGUACCCAUUCGAUGGACGAAUGAAUGGGACAACAUGGAUGGCAGCAUCGAGCGCGGUUACGCUGGCCCCUCACUGUUCUUCCGAGACGGUUUCGUGGUAGACAACACUACGCGAGUCGCUGAAUAUGCCCGCCUACUUGCAUCAAUCCGCGUAAAUGGCGCAAUCAUCAAUAACGUCAACGCGAACGCCACGUUGCUCAAUGACCGCAACGUAGAGGGUCUUGGUAGGCUUGCUGAUGCGAUGAGACCAUAUGGAGUACAACUUGGCAUAUCGCUCAACUUCGCCUCUCCAAACGCUACACUAGGAUCAUUCGAUCCGCUAGACCCCCGAGUGGACGCAUGGUGGGCGAACAUCACUAACCAGAUCUAUUCCAAAGUUCCGGACAUGGCAGGUUACCUCGUCAAAGCCAACAGUGAGGGUCAACCGGGACCGUUGACGUACAAUCGAACACUCUCGGAUGGCGCCAACAUGUUCGCAAGAGCAGCGAAGCCGCAUGGUGGCGUGGUUAUGUUCCGUGCUUUUGUAUACGACAACCACAUCAACGAAACGAACUGGUACAACGACAGGGCGAAUGCUCAGCUGGAAUUCUUUCAACAUCUUGACGGAAAGUUUGAUGACAACGUCGUUGUUCAGAUUAAAUUCGGGCCCAUUGAUUUCCAGGUCCGCGAACCAGCAUCGCCAUUAUUCGGAUCCCUGCGCCAAACGAGCACUGCCAUCGAACUCCAGGUCACACCCGAAUACCUUGGUCAAAACUGUCAUCUGGUUUACCUAGCACCACAAUGGAAAGAGAUACUAGAGUUUGACAUGAGGUCUGAGAACCAGUCAUCCAAGGUCAAAGACAUCAUCACCGGCGAGCGUUUCAAGCGGCCUUUGGGAGGCUACGCAGGUGUGACAGGAGUGGGAUCAAACGCGACGUGGCUGGGCUCACAUCUAGCAAUGUCUAACUUGUAUGCUUACGGACGACUAGCCUGGGACGCCUCGAUGGACUCAGAGAUGAUCCUCCAAGACUGGAUCCGACUGACGUUUGGUUUCGAUGAGGAUGUUCUUGACACUCUCACAGACAUGUCCAUGAGGUCGUGGCCCGCAUACGAAAAUUACAGCGGCAACCUUGGAAUCCAGACACUGACAGACAUCCUGUACACACACUUUGGUCCCAAUCCUGCCUCACAGGAUGGCAACGGAUGGGGCCAAUGGACGCGCGCCGAUGCAUUCAGUAUCGGCAUGGACAGAACUGUAAAGAAUGGCACUGGUAACGCUGGGCAAUACCCGCCGGAGGUCGCCCAGAUCUAUGAGAAUAUAGAGUCGACGCCAGAUAACUUGCUGCUCUGGUUCCACCACGUACCAUAUACACAGCGAUUAAAGUCUAACAAGACUGUCAUUCAACAUUUCUACGAUGCGCAUUAUGAAGGUGCUGCUACCGCACAAGAAUUUGUCGGACAGUGGGAAUCCUUGAAGGGUAAAAUCGACGAUGAGCGAUACGAACAUGUGUUGUUCAGGCAGAUCUUCCAGGCUGGUCAUUCCAUUGUGUGGCGCGAUGCGAUCAACGAGUUCUACCACAAUCUUUCGCAGAUACCGGAUGAGACCAAGCGUGUUGGCAACCAUCCAUACCGGAUUGAGGCGGAAGAUAUGAUGCUCGACGGUUUCAAGACAUAUGCCGUAAGCCCCUUUGAGACGGCUUCCGGUUACACGGCUAUCGUCACCACGUCAAACUCGACGACGGGCAUCGCGACAGCCAACGUCACGUUCGCAUCGGGAACAUACGACGUCGCUGUCAACUAUUAUGAUUUGAUUGGGGGUAAAGCAAAAUACGAACUGAAACUUGGCGAUCGUACUGUGGGAGCGUGGACAGGGGAUCUCGAAGAUAAACUGGGGCACGCGCCAUCUAUUUACCUAGACGGGCACUCAGCGACACGCAUAACAUUCAGAGAUGUCGAGGUUCGGCAAGGGGACCAAGUGCGGCUCAUAGGCCAAGCGGAUGGCAUCGAGCCCGCACCGAUCGAUUACCUCUCUUUCUUGCCACCUGGCAUCGUCGAUUGA